AUGUCGUCGGGGGAGGAGCGCGUGGCUGCGCUCCUUUCUGUCAUCACCGACAGCGGCGUCGAAGUUGAAAAACUUAGCAAGCUAAAGGGAUAUAGGAAAUUAAUGAGACUUAAUCACACGCACAAAACUGCGACUAGUAGUCUCAAUAAGGACAAGUGCGGUGUCAACGAUAUUAUUGAAAAUAAUAAAAAAAGAAACGUUAAUUCCAAACAUGAUAACAAAUCUCAAAAGUGCAAACAGGAUGCCGGUGCUAAUUUAACAGAUAGUGAAAGUGAGACUGAAGGAACUAAUGCAAGAUAUUGUGAGUUGUCAUGUGGUGCACAUGACACAUCGUGCAGAUCUCGUCCUGUACUCACAUGGAUGACAGGAUGUUGCGUGGCUCUCAUCUUCUUGUUCAUCCACCAACACGAGCUGCUCACCCAUCACGGCUUCUCGAGGUUCUGGCUCAGCUGGGAGAACGUCGCCCUGCACGCUGAGGUGUGCACCAUCGAGCUGCCGGACCGUUUCCAGGACAUCUUCCGUCCCGUCGUGGACUGCGCCAUGUGCCGCAACGUCACGCACGUCGACAAGGUCGCCCGACUUUCCCCCCAACUCUUCGAACAAAGAUCGACCACGUCGGCAAGCGGUCCUGGCAAGCGCAAAUUCGUGGCAGUAAAACCUGGACGCUGGAGCCUCCGCCUGAGUGUUACUUCCAGUGCCAGACACUCAGCGUUACUGUACAUCCUGGCAACAUCAUCGUGCUGGAUGAUGGAAGAAUCAAGUGUACGACUGGAGGUAUCAAGUGUUAGACUGGAGGAAUCAAGUGUACAGCUGGCGGAAUCAGGCGUCUGGCUGGAGGAAUCAAGACUUAGUGUCCACCUGUACUAAUCAUUUGUACAUCUGGAGGAAUCAAGUGAGAUAAUGAAGGAAUUAAGUGUCCAGCUGUAUAAAUAAAGUGUAUAGCUGGAGGAUUAAAGUGUAUAACUCAAGUGAUAUAAUAUCCAAAUAAUGCUAUGAUGUUGCCAAAUGCUGUAUGGAGACGUCGAACUAAAGCAAUGAAAUUCACACCUGAAACACAGGCAUUAAUAGGAGCUCGGGAAUGUUGUAUAAAGGACCCGAAAUAGGUAUCUUAGGUCUUGGUCUCAAAAUUUGUAUUGGAAAUAGCAAAUGUAGAUUUUACACAAGGCUCCAAAAAUUAGACUUGUCUAAUAAAUAUAUGUUUUCUUAAUAAAUAACUUGCGUAGUAAGCGAAACUCGAAUUGACUUAUUUAGAGCUUUUAUUCACGAAAAUACAAAAUUCUGAAACAAGAUAGCCCUAGUGCACAACAUGCAAGAGAAUGAUAUCAAGGUAAUAUAUUCAUUUUUCAUUCGUGAGGUGUCACGCGUAAAACAUUUAAUUACAGAAUACUCACAGGUCCUGUCGCCAGGUCCAUAAUGGGAACAGUAGUUAUUAGGUCUUUACAGUGCAAGAGCCGAGCCGGUUCUGUCCAUACUUUUCCCUCAACGUAGCGUACUGGCAUAGACUGCGGUAGGGAAUAUUACUUAUGAACAAUACAGUAGAAAUUAAAAUACUGUAAAAAACUGGAAAUGGGGUCAACUUUAAACUUUUGAUUUAAAUAUAAACUACGUGCUCUAAGAAAAUUUCUAGUCGAGCACUUCAAUUCACUGUUCUCCAUGUUCGCAGCUGGACUUUUCUCUUCGUCGUAGCUGCUAAGCAACGCUUGUGGAGAAUUUUAUAGUAGAAGUAGUUACAGUAUAUGUAGUUAUAUUAUACCCAGAGCAAAUGUAGUUAUAUUAUAGCCGGUAUUUUACGUUUUCGUAUCUCUGUGUAUGUGAUAAAAUUUUUAAACAGUCAGAUUUUCAUGUUAUGUGCACGUAAUUUUAUCUUGAUGCCAUGUCCAGACAUUUUCUGUUCAAGUAAUUUUUUCACGGUUACUGUUUUUUUGGCGGAAAUUGUUUCCCUUUAAUCUUAAAUAGUCUGACAGGAAUUCAAUGAUAGUUCAUAAUAACUGAGGCAGGUCAUUAAUUAGAAAAAUCAAUCCACCUUCGUGUACCAAAAUUCUUGAUGUCUAAGCUUUGGCGAUAAAGGUUGGUCGAACUUGCUACAUUUUUGCCGUAAGCUCAGCUUCUUAUAUUUCAAUAAACAUUUAAUGAAUAAUUAUUGUAUAAUAGGCGAACAGCCAACUGGAACUUAUUUGGGGAGGACCACUUUGAUGAUUAUGGGAAUAAGCAAUGACAUAAUCCAGAGUUAUUUUAUUUCUGCCAUGGCGUCAUGCCAGAGUUGUAAUAUAUCAGCCAUUAUGCAAGAGAUUCAACAUCUUUGUUGUGCAUCAUGCCAGAGUGGCAUUUUUUAGUACUAGUUGUAAUUUGAAUAUCUGAAUAAAAGAUAAUAAGGUGAGCCUGUUUAUAGUAAAUCAUAAUGAGAAGUAACAUAUAGAAAUAUA